AUGGCUUCUUCAAGUAACAGUAAUGUUAAGGAAAAAGAAGUGUUCGGUGUUGUGCCAUUUGAUGGAACUAAUUUUACUGUGUGGUGUCGCAGAGUUCAGGCUGUGUUUUCGGCCAAGGAACUGGAUAUAUUUUUGGAAGAGGAAGCAGCGGCGGACAAUUUCGCAGUUUUUUUGAAGUCAAAAAAGGCUUUUGCUGUAAUACUUGCGCUUUUAAAUGACAAUAUUCUUGCUUCUCUUCAAAGUGAAGACACUGCAUGUAAAAUAUGGAAGAAACUGCAGUCUACAUAUAAGGAUAAGGGAACUGGGAGUCAAAUUUUGACACGUAAACGUUUAGCGAUGGCAAGAAAACAGAAUGACGUGUCAAUGAGAAGUCACAUUGACAAUAUGCUAAAUUUAGUUAGUGAUUUACGCAUCUCCGGAACGGAAGUAAGUGACUUUGAUGUUAUUGUUUACAUUCUCAUGUCUUUGCCAAAAGAAUAUGAAACUGUAAGAAUAUCACUUGAGAAUCAACCAAGUGAAUCUUUGAAUUUAGAUUUUGUUACUAAAAGACUUAUUGACGCUGAAGCACUUAUACAUGAUUUUAAAGGUGAAAAUAAGAGUGAAUAUGUGAAAACAUUUUCUAACAAUGUUGCUUUUAAAACUACUAACUAG